AUGAUGCGACGAUCUCCGCCCCCUGUGGCCGUCCCAGCUAACGUACUAACGAUACAAGGUAAUGAUUCUGACACCGCUUCCGAAAACAGUGGGAAAAGUAAUUUUGCGAUGCGCGCAAAACGCAAGAAGGAGAUUGUUGAUUGUAGCGAGUUUAACGAUUUUAAGACAGAGUUGAGGGCCUCGUUCGCUUCUUUAUCAAAGACUGUAGAACAAAGGUUUAGUGAUGUAAAGCAACAGUAUGAGGAAAUGCAGAAAAGUGUCCAAUUUAUGUCUGAUAAAUAUGAUAAAAUAUUAGAAAGUCUACAAGUUAUGGAGCAGGAAAGAUUAAACGAUAAAAAGUAUAUUAAGCAACUAGAAGAUAAAGUGGACUUUUUCGAAAGAAAAAUAAAAGCGACUGGCUUAGAAAUACGAAACGUUCCAUCAGUCAGUCAAAAAGAGGACAACCACGAGUCGAAGCAGGAAUUGUUAGACAUCGUAAAAAACUUAGCGCAAUCUGUUAACACAGAACUACAAGAUUACGAUAUCAGGGACAUAUAUCGGGUGUCGUCAAAGAAGGAGUCUGCCAAACCUAUUAUUGUCGAGCUAAAUAGCGUUAUAUCUAAGGAAAAAAUUCUACAGGCAGUUAAGGUAUAUAAUAAGGAAGCGCCUAAAGAAUCCAAGCUGAAUACAAUUAAUCUGAAAAUACCAGGGACUCAAAGGCCUGUCUUCGUCUCCGAAUCUCUUACUAUGAAGACACAAAGACUAUUUUACCUGGCCCGCGAAUUCGCACGUGAUAACGAGUUUACCUAUUGCUGGACUUCAAAAGGGUACGUGUACCUUCGGAAAGCGGAGAACCUACCGUUUACUCGUAUAGACUGCGAUGAAGACUUGGCGAAGCUCAGGAGGAAGAUUUGA